AUGAAAACAGCCUCCGAUAUUGUGGACCCGCCGUCAAGAACUGCUGCUGAUAAUCCUGCCGAAAUUGUUAACUUGUUUAAUAGGUACUUUACAUCUGUAUUCACCAGUGACUGUUCACCUCACUAUGCUUGUAAGCCAGAUGAUACCCCGAAUAUAACUAAUGUAAAUCUAACUGUGUACGAAAUUCAAGCUGUCCUUGAAGCGCUGGAUGUUACAAAAGCAACAGGCUCAGAUGGAAUCCCCGCUAGACUGCUAAAGGAAACAGCCGAAGUCAUAGCUCCAUCCUUGUGCUGCUUCUUCAACAAAUCUCUCAACACAGGCACCUUACCUGACGAGUGGAAACUUGCAAAUGUUGUACCAAUACACAAGAAAGGCAACGCUGAAUACACAGAGAAUUAUAGACCUAUAUAUUUACUACCCAUAGUGUCCAAAGUUUUAGAACGAUGCGUACUUAACAACAUUAAAUGCCAUCUCCACCAGCUAGUCCACAAUAGUCAACAUGGGUUUUUCACGGGAAAGUCAUGUACAACCAACCUUAUCGAAGCACUCACUAGAUAACACAACCUCGUUCCCACAUCGGCUCCUUCCUGGAUAGUGGUAAUCAAAUAGACGUGAUCUAUUUAGACAUGUCUAAAGCCUUCGAUAAAGUUAAUCAUGAGCUACUGCUUCCAAACUUAGCAAGCUUGGAUUUUGAGGUGGGCUACUACAAUGGUUCCGGUCCUACUUGUCUAAUCGGCGACAGCGCGUUACCGCCCUCGGUGCUACAUCUAACACCUUACCUGUAACCUCUGGGGUACCUCAAGGCUCCGUACUAGGUCCCAUAUUAUUCCUCUUAUAUGUUCAUGACCUACCCGGUCUCGUCAAAUCCAGUCAAGUCGCUAUGUUCGCAGAUGAUACGAAAAUAUUUAAGUCUAUCGCAUCACUAAACGAUACGAACUGAUUACUCCAACAGGACUUAUCCAACUUAGAAUCCUGGUCUUCGACUUCCGGUCUCCCCUUCAAUUAAAGUAAAUGUCGGUCGCUGUCUAUCACUCGUAAAUCGAAGCCAGUGGUGACUACAUACAAGAUGAAGGGUGAAACUCUAGAAAUAACAAAAUCGGAACGAGAUCUUGGCGACUGGAUGUCAACUGAUCUCACUUGGAAUAAUCCAGGCUUUCUGGCAUCCUUGUGUAGAAAAAUAGGACAAAAGUAGGACUAGAAUUUUAGGAAAAGUAGGAAUAAAGUAGGAAAAUGUGUAGAAAAGUAGGACAAAAGUAGGAGUUUUGGAGAUGCCAAUAACACAAAAAUAUACAAAAUUGGCCCCCUCGGAUAUAUGUGGUAAGGGGUAGACCAUUAGAUAUCUGAUGGAGAAGUUGUGUGAAUUUUUGGUGCUCAAUAUUUUUAUGUACUCAUUCAUCUAUGCAGGAUUUUUUUCUCAAAACUUUUAAAUUGUAUAGGUAUAAAAGCUAAGGCAUCUGCUCUGCAGCAACACUAUUCAAAUGCAUGUAUUGUGCUACACAAUGCACCAAUCCACACUGUAACAGGAGCAUAUAUCAGGGCCGUAGGAAGCUCUUUUCGAUUGGGGGGGGCUGUAAGCGAGGGCCGCCGAAGGCCCAAGGAAAUUUUUAAAUUUAGAGUCUCUGAAAUGCCAUUUCCUGGACUUUGGGGAAGAUUUGACAGAAUUCUAAUGGUCAGAAAAUAGCGUUUUAGUAUGUCGAAAUUUACAGUUUAGUAGUACUAAAUGGGCGAAGACGUAUUUAAUUAACUAUAUAUUAGAUAAGUUGCAGAAAAGUAUGGGUAAUAUCUUCAUUCUUUGCAGUUUGUCAUGGACUAAAUAAUAAAGGUCUGCAUGAUUUUGAAAAAAAAUUAUUAUUAGCAAAUUAUUGGGGGGGCUGCAGCCAGUUGAAAUCUCUAGAUCGUCGGAAAUGGCUCUUUCAGAGUCUUCAUUAAUUUAUUGAUUUUGAUUCUAGGAUUUUAUGAGAAAAAGUAGGAAAAAGUAGAAAAAUCAAGCAAUUUUUAAUAAAAAAUAGGAAAAGUAGGAAAGUUGUAGAAAAGUAGGAAAAAGUAGGAAAAGUAGGAUGGCAAGAAAGCCUGAAUAAUCAAGUAGUAAAACAAUCUUCCCGUGCUAACAAGUUGCUAGGCCAAGUUAUAUCAGACGGAACGCACGGUUCAUUCAAAACACCAGCGUGAGGAGGGUAUUGUAUUUAAUAUUAGUACGUCCUCACUUAGGAUAUGCCACCCAGAUCUGGUCUCCACAGUCCAUCAACCUAAUUGCAAGAUUGGAAAAAGUUCAAAGACGUGCCACGAAAUUUACUCUCAAUCUACCGUUUUCCAGUCCCGGUAGUUAAACCUCGAGAUUACAGUCUUUAUCAUUACUUCCAUUAUGUUGUUACUGGCAUGAUUUUUUGGAUUUGUUUUUUUUCUUUAAAAUGGUGAACAAUCUGGUAAUAAUAUAGAACCUUCUGUAGUACCAAAAACCCGAAGCUCCAGAUCGUCUAUAAACACGGACAUACCUAAGUUUGUCAUUCCCAGAAGCAAAACAACGACGCAUCAACGCUCGUUUCUAAUUCGAACAACCAGGGUGUGGAUCAGCCUAGCGGACGAUCUGAAACUUAACAUGAUAAAUUUGAGCUACUUCCGUGCUUUGGAAAUUUCCUACGAUCCUGAAAAUCCAAGAACAUUCAAAACUAUAUGUACCAAGUGUAAUACCGCUCGAACUCUGGUUCAGCCUCUUAAGUGCUGCUAUUAGUUAUAGUUUUAUUUAGAUAAUUUUUUUUUUAUGUUUGUAUGUCCUAAUUCGGGCCCGCAGUAAUUGGCUCACGCUGUUGUGGUCACCCUUCCUAUAGUCAUGUAUAUUAUUCUUGUUCUUGUUAUAGUUUUGUGUAUUGUAAUAUGGCAAAACUAAUAAAUAAAUAAAUAAAUAAAUAAUUAAUACUAAGCCUCGACUUGGAGUUACUGUCCUUGACAACCAGAACGUAAUUCGGAAGUGGUCAAUUGUUUCAGGGCCUCCAGGAUCCAAGGGGUCGCAAGGGAUACGAGGCAAGAGAGGUUCUCAAGGUCCACGUGGCGGGAGGGGGUAUAAUGGUACUAAAGGUGAUAGAGGUGCACCUGGACCACGUGGGAUAAAAGGUGAUGCUGGUGAUAUCAUGAAAUCGAAAGAAGGUAAGGGUUGGUUUUUGUUUGUUACUCUGUUUCUUAGGACGUGUAUAUGUAUGCAGGUAUGUUUGUUUGUUUGUUUGAUUGUUUGUACAACACGAUGCAGGGUGUUCCACAAUUGAAAAUAUGUUCAUUCACCUUUCUCUUUCCUUUUAUAGCUCCACCAAAGAUAACGACUCACCCUCCCAAAAUCAUAUUCAUCAACGAAGGCGUCAACCUUACCUUAAACUGUAUUGCAAAUCGGCUACCCUCUGCCCUCAGUAAGCUGGCAGAAAGACAACGCCUCUCUCCUUGAGACUCAGCUGUUUCCAGAACGUGGAAAAGGAACGAGACUUCAUUUCACCAAGAUUACCUAUAACAAAAAAGGAAAGUAUAAGUGCCUUGCAAGGAAUUCAGUGGGAAUGGCUAGUUUUGAUGUGAAAAUUAUCUUUAAAGGUAAGAUUUAUAAGAUAGAGCUAUCCAACACAAAUAAAGUUAGUAUAGUUUAGGUUUCCUCCUGUAGUAACACUGGAUCAAAAAGGAAUAUACUGUUACUCUAAGGGGAAAAGUUAGAACUGAUAGAGCAAUGCCGUAUAAGUAAAGUUAGUUUAGUUCUAACUUUUAACGCUCUCUAUGUUAAUAUCUCCAGUACCACCAAGGCGACUUAGUUCGCGGGAAACAAUCGUUUACAAAGGAAACGCAGUUAAUUUACAAUGUCCAGUAGACUCAUAUCCCGCAGCAAAAAUAAGAUGGAUCAAGCCUGGCUAUACGAUAUCGAAUGGGGAUGUUGCUAUGGUCAACAAUACGCUCAAUAUUAAGCGUGUAAAGAAGGAACAUGAAGGGAUAUAUCUAUGUGAAGGAAAGAACAUGUUUGGAUCGACUUUUACCGCAGUUUUUGUGAAAGUGAGGAGUGAAGGUAAACGAUUGUUCUGGUUGAAAAUAAACAGAAGAGGGUGUAUAUGUGAAUGCAACAUCUCAUUAAACAUUGAUUUAUUUUUAAUCUAAUUCUUCAUAAAUUAUAUGAACGAGUUUUGGAAAUUAACAUAUCCAGAUACUUUAAAUUGCAAAUCUAAUUAUUCCUUUCGCGUUCUAGUUGGACCGACAUUCAGAGAAAAACCUCCAAUCUCAAAAGGUGUAUUUCGGCACCAAAAAGUUACAGUUAAUUGUAUUGCAAUUGGGGAUCCUGUGCCGACCAUCACAUGGACUAAACGUCAUGAGAAACUGCCUAUCACGCAAGAAACACGCGUUGAAUUAAUGAUAAAGUCGUUCGACGUUUCUGACGAGGGAAACUAUACUUGCACUGCGGAAAAUGCUCUGGGAAGCAAAGUGGUUACUGUUCUUGAACUAUGUGAGUGAAUGUUGUAAACUGUCGUGGUUCUAUAAAUGUUCUUUUCCACUCAUCCCAAAAACCAACUCACAGGCUUGCUGCAAAUAUUUUCAUCCAAUCACAAUACUCGACACUUUAGAUGCAAGCAAUUAGAUGCAAGCACUCACAGCAAGCUUGCGGGUUAGUUUUCGCAAUCAGUGGAAAGAACCUUAACUGUCAACAUUUGUGCUACCUGGUAACACGGACUGAAGCCAGGAAUAUAUCAACAAUAUUCACUUGUUCAUCUUUCUCAGAUCUCAUUCAAUGUCCAGGCCUUGUACACCCAGUUAAUGGUCACGCAAUCAACUUGAACGAAGACAGCAAUGACGUCAUGAUAUUCUCAUGUGACCAAAAAACGCAAAUGAUUGGUCCGGAGAUCCGUGUGUGCCAGCGAAAUGGAACCUGGACAGGAAGAACAACAUACUGUGAGUAG